AUGGCCGAGGUGCACGUGAUUGGGCAAAUCGUGGGGGCCACCGGUUUCUCAGAAAGUAGCCUCUUCUGCAAGUGGGGCGUCCACACAGGGGCGGCGUGGAAGCUCCUGUCAGGCGUGCGGGAGGGCCAAACGCAGGUGGACACGCCCCAAGUGGGGGACACGGCCUACUGGUCCCACCCCAUCGACCUACAUUUUGCCACCAAAGGCCUCCAAGGCUGGCCCCGGCUCCAUCUCCAGGUGUGGUCCCAGGACAGCUUCGGCCGCUGCCAGCUUGCUGGCUACAGCUUUUGCCACGUGCCCAGCAGCCCGGGCACCCACCAGCUGGAUUGCCCCACGUGGCGGCCCCUGGGCAGCUGGCGGGAGCAGCUGGCACGGGCCUUCGUGGGUGGCGGGCCACAGCUGCUCCACGGGGACACUAUCUACAGCGGGGCUGACCGCUACCGCCUGCACACGACUGCUGGUGGCACCGUGCACCUCCAGCUCGGCCUGCUGCUGCGCCACUUCGACCGCUACGGUGUCGAGUGCUGA